AUGCAACGAGCUCAGUCUGCCGUGGAUUUUUCCAACCUCCUGAAUCCAACUUCAGCAGCGGGACAGGACAGCGGCGCCAUGUCUACCGCCGCGGUUACCGUCAUCAAGCCCAAUGGGCCCAUCCCAGGAACUCAGUCGACCGAGACUGCCAACGAACUGCCUCGUCCCUACAAGUGCCCUCUUUGCGACAAGGCAUUCCACCGCCUGGAGCACCAGACCAGGCACAUUCGCACCCACACGGGCGAAAAGCCCCAUGCCUGCCAGUUUCCUGGCUGCAGCAAGAAGUUCUCCCGCUCCGAUGAACUGACGAGGCACUCGAGGAUACACAGCAACCCCAACUCGAGGCGCGGCAACAAGGGCCAGCAGCAGCACCAGCUUCACCACCAGGGCAUGCCUCAUCCCAUGCACGUCGAUGGCCUGAUGCACCCUCCUGCGGCGCCAAAGGCCAUCCGCUCUGCGCCCCCUUCGACUCUCGUCUCUCCCAACGUGUCGCCUCCCCACUCCUACUCGUCCUUUGUCAUGCCUCACGGCCCCAUUUCCCACUAUGGCCGCGGCAACGACAUCACGAUGCUCGCCAAGGCGGCAAAUCAGAUUGAGCGCGAGACGCUUUCUGGCGCACCCUCUAACCACAACUCGAGGCACCACCCGUACUACGGCCAGGGCGUUCAGAGCUCUCGAGGCCACCCCUCGCUGUCGUCGUACCACAUGGCGAGAGCUCACUCCAACGACGAGGACGACCACUACCACUCAAGCUUGAGGCACGCUAAGAGGUCGAGGCCCAACUCGCCCAACUCCACGGCUCCCUCUUCUCCCACCUUCUCCCACGACUCUCUGUCUCCCACCCCGGAUCACACUCCCAUCGCAACUCCCGCUCACUCCCCUCGCCUCCGUCCCUUUUCGGGCUACGAGCUGCCGAGUCUGAGAAACCUGUCGUUGCAGCACAAUACGACUCCGGCGCUGGCCCCCAUGGAGCCUCACCUGGACGCUCCGCAAUUUCACCCGCAGCUGCAGGCGAACACCACCCGCAGCCCCGGCAUGUCGCUUACCGACAUCAUCAGCCGCCCCGACGGGAGCCAGAGGAAACUGCCUGUUCCUCAAGUCCCUAAGGUGGCGGUCCAGGACCUCCUCUCUGACGGCGUCUUCCCCAACAGCGGCAGAAGUUCAACUACGGGCAGUCUUGCUGGUGGCGACCUCAUGGAUCGGAUGUAG